AUGGUGUGGCUGCAAGGGCAGCUGCGCCCCGGCUGUGCCCGCUGGUCCUGCCGAGCGCUCCGCGCCGCGCCCGGCGCUGUCGGGAGGGAGGCGGCGGUCCCAGCGCUGGGCGGGCGAAGCCGCGGCGGCCCGGGCGACGAGGCGGAGGCGGCGGCUGCCCUCUGCCUGGCCUGCUGGUGGCAGCCUCGCAGGGACUCCGGGCGAGCUCCGCCGGGCUGUCCGGGCCGGGCCGGACCCGGAGCUCCGAUUGGCAGAGCUGGGCCCGGACGAUCCCACUGUCAGUUUGGCCAGAGUCCCCGACGCCUCCCGGACGCCGCAACUCGGUGCGGAGCACAGGAGUACGGACGAGACAGCACCCAAGCUGGCCGCUCCAGCCUUAAGUACGCCUUUCGGAGUCUUAAUAUCGGGUUCAGAAGCAAGUGGGUCCUGCCGUGGGGCAGGAUGCGUGAGAGGGCCUCUUGGAACCGGAGCAUAGGCAGCUGGCUGCUGCCACUUGGCCUGGCCUGGCUAUGGAGCCCCCUGACCUCGGCUUCCUUGCAGCCUCCAACUCCCACAGCCUCCAUUGUCCUGCAGAAGUGCUGGAGUCACAUGGAGCCCUGCCUGCCUGGGGAGGACUGUAAAGUGCUCCCGGACCUGUCUGGGUGGAGCUGCAGCAGUGGACACAAAGUCAAAACCACCAAGGUUAAACGAUAGCUCUUGGGGUCACGGCCCGUACAGGAUAGCUUGCCUCAGCCAUGGACUAUGGAGUACCAAGAAGGGUAUCCAGUUAACAGCCAGCAAACAUGGAGACUCACUUACCCAGACACACACCUCUGCCAAGUGGAGCAUCACUGUUUCCAGGGCCAUUUCAAUUGAGCUGCUCAGUGGAUAUGGACAGCUGUCCAGCCGCAUGCCUAGUGUUGUGCUGGGUUCUCCUGGGUGACACAGAAGGUCAAGAUACAAUUCCUGCCCUUAAGGAAUGUCCAGUCAAGUUGGAGAGUUGAUGAAAGGUAAUUUAGAUUAAAGGGUAUGAUACCAGACUGUGGCUCUGGUCAUAUGCUCCGGGCAUUUGGGGAUUUGAAGAUGAGACCCCCACAGCUCUUCAGCUACUCUCUGGCCAUGGUACAAAGACAAGAGGUCACAUUCACUUCUCACUGCUCUAUCUUUCACUUCAGUCUGGAACCCAGCAAGCUGCUAAUGUGUUGAAGGAGAACAGUUGCUCUUGUGUUAGACCAGCUGCAUCUCAUUUGGAUGGGACUGGAUUAACCUGGGGAAGGAAAGUGCAGAUGAAGCCAAACAAUUUCCCAGAGAAGCUUCUGCAGAGGAGUGGACUGGUUUGGGCUAUUUAUUGGGUACGGGAUGGAUGGACCUUCAGAUCACCCCCAUCCAAGCACCUCAGGACUGUUUAUUACCUGAAAGCAACCAGAAGAAUAUACAGAAGCUGCCAGAGAUUACAUCUAGAACCACAAAAAUGAGUCUAUAAAAUGAGGUUAAAGGUGAAGCCUGGUGGAGCCAAGAUGGCGGCGUGAGUAGAGCAGUGGAAAUCUCCUCCCAAAACCACAUAUAUCUAUGAAAAUAUA